AUGGCAAAAGAAACUGGUUCCAUUGGUCAAUAUCCAGUGAUUCUGAUAAGAGUCAUCUCGAAAGAAGAUACAAUGAGCUGGCUUGAGGCAACGAGGUAA